AUGGCUUCCCACAAUUUUGAAGUCGGCGAUUUAGUUUGGGCUAAGAUGAAGGGUUUUCCCCCAUGGCCUGGGAAGGUUUCGAAAGCACCUGAGAACAAAAAAGUUAAUGACAAGAAACCGAGAUGUUACAUCUUCUUUUUUGGAUCAGAAAAUUAUGCCUUUGUGUCAUAUGACAAUGUUUGGCCAUAUCUGGAGAAGAGAGAUGAGUAUGCCACUCUUCCCCGGCCAUCACACAGCUUCCAGGAAGCAGUUGAUGCCAUCGAUGACUACAUCAGGAGUCAAGGUGGAGUUGUUCCCGAAAUAAAAGUGAAACCUGAGUCGACGUCGCCUCCUGGCUCUUCCAAGAAAAAAGACGAGGAUGACAAGGACUCAUCAUCGGCUCAGGGCAGGCGGACAGCCAGAAAGAGGCCGUUGUCAUCAUCAUCCACUACAGCAGCAUCGUCAUCCACAUCAUCAACUCCUCAAAAGGUUAAAAGUAAACCGGAAUCUAAAACUGAAAAGAACUCCUUGAAACAAACUGACAAAAACGAUGAUGUUGAUGAUAAAAAUGAUAAUAAUGAAGUGAGUGAGGUUAGCAAAAGAAAUGAUGAACAGGAAAAUGAUGGCUUGAAACCUACAAAAGUUAUCAAAUUGAGUGAAAUCGACAUCGAGGUUAGGAGUAAGAAGAUAUCAAGAAAGAAGAGAAGAGAGAACGAUGAUGAAGAGGAUGACGAUGAGGAGGAGGAUGUUGAUGAUGAAAGUCAUCUGAUGAGCAGUGAGGGGAACAUUAAAAUUCCAGAAGAACAACAGCAGCGACCGAGUGACGAAUUAAACGUCCAAGUUGAGGAUUUUGAAAAAGAAUCCUUAUCUCUCUCUAAGGAAGUUACUGAAAAAUCUGAAGAGAAUGUUGAUGGUGAUGCUGAACAUCAGGAUGAUAACAAAAAGGAUGGUGAUGGGGACGAUGAUAAAGAGCUUCAUGAAGUUUCGGUAGUUGUUCUAGGUGCUGCUGAUGUUGACGAUGAUGAUGAGAUGAUGGAGGUUGUCGAUGAUACCAAUCAUGAUAAUUCAGUCGAUAAACCGAACGACGGCAGUGAUGUCCCUCAUUCAAAAGACAACAAAAACAUCAAAGAUAACAAAGUGCCAAAAGCUAAAGAACAGACUGAUGUUAAAAACAAAGACAGUAAAAAGGCUAAAGAUGCAAAAACCAAAGAGCCGAAGAGUAAAGAUGGCAGCGUCAAGAGCAAAGAAUCCACCACUCCAAAGGUGAAUAAAGAUGAAAAAGAUAAAUCAAAUAAAAUUAAAAGUCCCACUGAGAAAGCUCCUAAACUUAAAGAAACUAAAGAUACUAAAGAAACAAAAGAUACUAAAGAAGCUAAAGACACUAAAGAAGCAAAAGACUCCAAAGAUUCUAAAGGCAAUAAAGAUAAAGGGUCCAAAAAAUCAGAAAAGCCAGCGAAGCCAUCGACAGCAUCAGCAACAACAGCUGCCGACAGCAAAAAGAAAGCAACAUAUCUACCAGAUGUUGUUGGUUCUCAACCAGCAGCAACCAACAACAACGACAACACGUCAUCGACAACAACCACCACCAACAACGUCAACAGCAAACAACUAACCAUUGUUCCUACAAACAAAAAAAUUGGAUUUCUGGGCUGUGGUAGUGUUGGAGAGGGGUUGAUUUCAUGCCUACUUGCUAGUGGGCAUAAGGUCACAGUGUGGAAUAGAACCAUGGCUAAGUGCAAAGAUGUAUUGAAGAAAGGUGCCUCAAAGGGUAGUUCUCCAUCAGAUGUUGUCAAAUCAUGCGACGUCGUGUUUGCUUGUCUGGCCGAUGCUAAUGCUCUCAAAGAUGUUGUAUUUGGCAAUAAUGGAGCCCUGCAAAGCAUGGAAUAUAACAAGGGAUUUGUUAAUUUAUCAACUGUUGAUAUUGAAACUACUAUGGAUGUAUCUGAGGCCAUAACAUCCAGCGGGGGUAGAUUUCUCGAAGCUCCUCUCAUUGGUUCAAUAGAAAGUUCAAAGUCAGGUCACAUGAUUGUCCUUGCAUCUGGCGACCAAUCAUUGUUUGACGAUUGCCAAUCGUGCUUCAAGUCUAUCGCUAAUAAUGUCUUUAAUUUAGCUGACAUAACGACAGCGUCAAAAAUGCAAAUUGUCCUGAACAGUUUGUACGGGACGACCUUAGCAGGAUUAGCUGAGAGUAUGGCGCUCGCUUGCAAAGUUGGCUUGGACCCCUCUGAAGUUCUCGAUGUUAUCAGCCACACCACUGUCAGUUCAGCUUUGAUUAGGGAGAAAGGAAAAGCAAUGGCAAAGAACAACUUGAAGGAGCCAAGUUUCAGACUGGACACAUUACAGAAGGACAUUAGACUGGCCAUCAACAUGAGUGAGGAGGUCGAUCAACCACUUCAUGUUGGCUCCUCUGUCAAUGAGCUAUUUAAGAGAGCCAAAGCCAAGGGGUAUGGAGAUGCUGAUGUAGCUGCUGUCUACAGGGCUGCAGAUCUUUGAACUGUCUGUCUCCGUCUGUCUGUGUGCGUGUCUGUCUGUGUGGUGUUGUCUGUAUGCCUGUGUGUAUGUUGUUUUUGUUGUCUCAUAAACGUUAAAGAACAGAAGAUUUCAAAUGAAUAACAUUCUUUCAAAUUAACUCUCUCACCAUUCAAUACAACGUCAUUAUACUUUCAUCAAGUUCCUUUAAUAUGGGUGUGUUAUUUCAACCUUUUAUUAAUUUUUAUCAAACAUUAUUUUUAUGGCUGGCUAAAAAUGAUUAUGUAGUUCUAUACAAAUCAAUUAGACUACUGUUGGUGUGUGUGUGUGUAUGUGCGUGCGUGCGUGCGUGCGUGCACAUAAUGUUCCUGUCAUCCAUCCAUCCAUCCUUAACUAACAAUCUAUAUACUACAAUACAUUGGCUUGGUCUAGAUUUGUGUGUAUGUGCUCGCGUGAUUCAUUUAUUUGAUGUUCUCUCUCUACGAAGAAUUUUAUUAUUGUAUGUAUAGAAGAAGGAUAGAAAACAAUGUUCUGUUUGACGGUUGUUAUAGAGCAGGCACGUAUGUCCUUUCAACGUGUGAUUUAUUUUUAUGAAUAUUUUGGUUUUGUUCGCUGGCAUUCAACUCAAUGAACAUUACUUUCAGUUUGACGUUUUGUUGAAGGUUUUUAAAUAAUACAUGAAGAUGUUGU